AUGAAAGACAGAGAUACUACCCAAACAAAUUUGACACUUCUCUCCAGUUUUGCUCGGCAAGGAAGAGUUUUUCUUGGGCUUCCUAUUUCUGGACAUGACGAAGAUGGUCUCGAGGUCACUGCAGAACAGAAAAAGAAUUUUAAGAAAGCUUUCAACACGUAUUAUGAUGCUCUGACAGAUGUACUUCAAUCUGAGCACAAGUCACUUCAACAAAUGGAAAAAGAAAAUUCAAAACUGGUGAAUGCUAAAGGUGAGCUUAGUGAAGACAGUGCAUCUUCAUAUGAAAAGCUGAGGAAAUCAUAUGCCCAUCUCUAUCGAAAUAUCUCAUCUUUGGCCGAGUCACUUGAUAUGCAGCCUCCUGCUAUGCCAGAAGAUGGUACAACUAGGCUCACAGCAGGGGACGAACCCUCAUCCUCUGCUGCUGUAAAAGAUACAUCUGUCCCCGAACCUAUUUGGGACGACGAGGACACCAGAACAUUUUAUGAAUGCUUGACUGAUUUGAGGUCAGCUCUUAUUUAUGUUCCUAAGAAACAAAGAUAUGGGAAAAUGAGUAGUUUGGAAGUGGCAUAG